AAUAUCAGCUCUGCACAGGGAGGAGAGGAUUAGCGCAGCCACACAGCUCAUCUGCAUACACGUUCCCAGAGAACCACAUGAGCACCGAGGGCUGCACCUCUUUUGUAUAAAACCUGGCACUCCUAUCACAGAGGCGCCACUUGAUCUACUGUCACUGCUGUGAGAGGAUUUAAUAAGGACCACUGUAAUUUUUUCUUUUGGACUCUUUUAAAUGAUUGCUAUAUUUUAAAUUUGUUGUCUGUGAUGUCUCUGUUCAACUGGGACAAUGCAAGUAAUAUUGUUUGAUACAGACUUGCUCUGAGCAUCAAGGAGUUUUACCCUCAUUUUUUUUGUACUUUUCUACUGGGUUUGUUCCUUCACCUGGUUUGGGAAACAGCAGCACCAGAAUGCCAUCUAGAGAGUCCUACGAGGUUCACAAGGAAGAGAAGUCCCUGGUGCAAAAGGCCAAGCGAGAGGCCAAUCAGGAGGAUAUUCUGGCGGCCGCUCUGGGGAUGAGGAUGGGGCCACAGAAACCUCCAGCCACUUUCUGGCAGCCACUUAAACUAUUCGCCUAUUCACAACUCACCUCACUGGUACGCAGAGCCACACUGAAGGAGAGCGACCGGACACCCCGAUCUGAGAAAGUCCACAACUUCAAGGUCCAUACCUUUCGAGGGCCUCACUGGUGUGAACACUGUGCCAGCUUCAUGUGGGGACUGAUGGCCCAGGGGGUCAAAUGUGCAGACUGCGGUCUGAACGUCCACAAACAAUGCUCAUCUCUGGUACCCAACGACUGCAAACCAGACCUGAGACACAUCCGUAAAGUCUACAGCUGUGACCUCACGACCCUGGUGAAAGCUUAUAAUACAGCGCGACCCAUGGUGGUGGACAUGUGCAUACGAGAGAUCGAGUCCAGAGGACUGAAGUCUGAAGGCCUCUACAGAAUAUCUGGGUUUAGUGAUUCAGUGGAAGAAGUCAAGAUGGCAUUUGACAAAGAUGGCGAGAAGGCAGACAUCUCAGUGAACGCCUAUGAAGACAUCAAUAUCAUCACGGGUGCACUGAAACUGUACCUCAGGGAUUUGCCUGUUCCCAUCAUCUCAUAUGAUGCUUACCCCGGGUUCAUCGAGGCUGCAAAGCUCACAGACCCAGAAAAGAAGCUGGAAGCUUUCCGCGAGGUUCUCACUCUGCUGCCGCCAUCACACGGUGAAACUCUCAAGUACCUCAUGGCACACUUAAAAAGGGUAACACAGAAUGAAAAAUUCAACCUGAUGAACGCAGAGAACCUCGCCAUCAUUUUCGGGCCCACCCUCAUGCGUGCACCAAACCUGGACGCCAUAACAGCCCUCAAUGACAUCCGCUACCAGAGACAGGUGGUGGAGUUGCUCAUUAAAAAGGAAAAUGUGCUCUUCUAAACACAGAUCAGGACUUUUUUUUUUUAGAACGGUUCUCUAAUGAUUCUUUUGUGUAAAGACUUGAUUGACUGUUUGUAUUACAUUUAUUGAUACAUUUUUUUAAAUGCCCUGUGUAUGGACUAGUGCUGACCUAACAUCUGUCCUCCCCUGUACUGGGUGUGGAUGAUGAACCUUACACUUGUACGUACUCUAUGUCUCCCCAUUUUUGUCGGGGGAUUUUCAGAAGCUGACAGGCCAGCAUGCAUGGUGCGAGGUCUUUGUUGCUUUGUAGUCGUAACCUAGCAUGUGUUAAAGAUUGUGUAACGCUGUGAUUUUGCUUUUGUCUGUUCUCUAGAGGUUAUAGUCCACAUUCCCAGCUGCCUGCUGCGCAGUUAUUUCUGUGAAACAUUGUAUAGCUGGAUGUAAAAAUAAGCUACUGAUUUUUCUGGGGUAAUUUUUAUGAUGCUGUAUUUUUUUAUCUCCUUGACAGUUUUUAUGUAACCUGCAGUUCUUAGUUGAAUGAGCCUCUCCUGUUAAAGUGUACACACUGGUGCAUUUGCCUGACCGUAACAUUUUUAUUGUGUUAUAAACAGCAUUAUUUGUGAAUUUAAUUUUUUACUGUAAUGUUUUUGUACACAACUUGUGCAUGGUCACUUUAAUUUAUUAAACCUUACUCUGAGAAAUGAA